CCCACUCCCAGCCCCCCGGGGAUCCAGGCUCGCAGCGCCCAGCCGGAGCCUCCGGGAAGCGCGAUGGGAGCCCCCUCCGCCGUGCCCCUGCUCCUGCUCUUCGUGUGCUGCUGGGCGCCCGGUGGGGCCAACCUCUCCCAGGACGGCUACUGGCAGGAGCAGGAUUUGGAGCUGGGAACUUUGGCUCCACUGGACGAGGCCAUCAGCUCCACAGUCUGGAGCAGCCCUGACCUGCUGGCCAGUCAAGAUAGUCAGCCCUGGACAUCUGAUGAGACUGUGGUGGCUGGUGGCACCGUGGUGCUCAAGUGCCAGGUGAAAGAUCAUGAGGAGUCAUCCCUGCAGUGGUCUAAUCCUGCCCAGCAGACUCUGUACUUUGGGGAAAAGAGAGCUCUCAGAGAUAAUCGGAUUCAGCUGGUCAGAUCCACUCCUCACGAGCUCAGCAUCAGCAUCAGCAACGUGGCCCUGGCAGAUGAGGGCGAGUACACCUGCUCCAUCUUCACUAUGCCUGUGCGAACCGCCAAGUCCCUCGUCACUGUGCUUGGAAUCCCACAGAAGCCCAUCAUCACUGGCUACAGAUCAUCAUUACGGGAAAAGGAUACAGCCACCCUGAACUGCCAGUCUUCUGGAAGUAAACCUGCAGCCCAUCUCACCUGGAGGAAGGGUGACCAGGAACUCCGUGGAGAACAAAAAGUACAGGAAGAUCCCAACGGGAAAACCUUCACUGUGAGCAGCUCAGUGACAUUCCAGGUUACCCGAGAGGACGAUGGCACAAACAUUGUGUGCUCUGUGAACCAUGAAUCUCUAAAGGGAGCUGACAGAUCCACUUCUCAACGCAUUGAAGUGCUGUACACACCGACUGCAAUGAUUAGGCCGGACCCACCACAUCCUCGCGAAGGCCAGAAGCUGUUGCUACACUGUGAGGGCCGAGGCAAUCCAGUCCCCCAGCAGUACCUGUGGGUAAAGGAGGGCAGUGAGCCACCCCUGAAGAUGACGCAGGACAGUGCCCUCAUCUUCCCCUUCCUCAACAAGAGCGACAGCGGCACCUAUGGCUGCACAGCCACCAGCAACAUGGGCAGCUACACGGCCUACUUCACUCUCAAUGUGAACGACCCCAGUCCAGUGCCCUCGUCCUCCAGCACCUACCAUGCCAUAAUUGGUGGGAUCGUGGCUUUCAUCGUCUUCCUGCUGCUCAUUCUGCUCAUCUUCCUGGGCCACUACCUGAUCCGGCACAAAGGCACCUACCUGACACACGAGGCAAAAGGCUCCGACGAUGCCCCGGAUGCUGACACGGCCAUCAUCAACGCAGAAGGCGGGCAGUCGGGCGGGGAUGACAAGAAGGAGUAUUUCAUCUAGGGGCGUCUGUCCACCUUGUGCGCCCCCCAGGGGCCCCGUGGGGACUGCUGGGGCCAUCAUCAACCCGGACUUGUACAGAGCGACCCCAGGGCCGCCCCUCCCGCUUGCUCCCCAGCCCACCCACCCCCCUGUACAGAAUGUCUGCUCGGGUGCGGUUUUGUACCGGUUUGGAAUGGGGAGGGAGGAGGGCGGGGGGGAGGGGAGGGUCACCCUCAGCCCUUUCCGUGGCUUCUCUGCGUUUGGGUUAUUAUUAUUUUUGUAACAAUCCCAAAUCAAAUCCGUCUCCAGGCUGGAGAGGCAGGAGCCCUGGGGUAAAGAAAGCAAAGCAAAAAAAAAAGAAAGAAAGAAAGAAAGAAAGAAAGAAAGAAAGAAAGAAAGAAAGAAAGAACGAA